AUGACCACAAAUGGCACUACACUGUCGUUCAUCCCCAUGGUAACGCCGUUCACGGCUCCCCAGGCGUGUUCCAGUUUCUAUGUGGGCAACAGCGCGGGCGGUUCCAACUCCUCGGCGUCUUAUGAGAUCAACGCCUGGUCUGGGCUCUUUCAGCUAUCCCAUAACCUCAGCACAACCUGCUAUCCCACGGAAUACAUCUCCUAUCUCCAAUUUGAAUCCAGCACAGUCGAUGACCUGAUUGCGGGGACCCCAGCGAAUAGUCUCAAGACAGUCGAGGUCCUGGCCCCUUUUGCCUGUCCCGGGGGAUGGCAAGUGGCUACUACCUCUGUCACGGCCUCUACCACAUGGACUGCAUGCUGCCCCUCCGAUUAUGGGGUGUCAUACAGCCUUGGUGAUGACGGUGAUGCCUUUUGGUUAAGCGGCGGCUUUGGAUGUUUGUCGACAGUCUCAGAUGCAGCUACACUCACUUACGCCGCCGAGACACACGAAACAACGGGAGGAUCCACACACACCACAAUCACAAUGCUCACGACCACGGUACAAAGUGCGCAAAACCUCGCUGUGACGGCAGACUCAAUAUAUGGGUUGAACAUUCGCGACACACACAAAACCAGUGGUCUGAGCACUGGGGCCAAGGCGGGGAUUGGUGCUGGCGUUGCUGUGGGCGGGAUAAUCAUAAUCUGCAUUCUAGUCUUCUGGUGUCUUCGACGUCGGAAGCAAAAGAAUGUUCCUCAGAUUGAUACCACAGGCGAAAGGAUGGGAGCGGACAAUAACAACCCACAGGACUAUGCCUUGAGUCCGCAGUCCGAGGUAGCAGGUGCUGGCUGGUCGCAGGAGCUAGCAAGCAGUCAAAAAGUUGAGUUACCAGGCGACGGAAAGGGUCAUCAAGUUGAGUUACCAGGUGACGAAAAGGGUUAUCAAGCUGAGUUGCCAGGUGAUGGCCGGCGGCAAGAGUUAGCGGAUCAUCAUCAGUAUGCCGAGUUAGCUGGAUGGGGGCCACAGGAGCUUGACGGGUCUGUGGUACAGACAGCAAAAGGGAAGGAUUAA